AUCUGGCUGGUCUUCAUGGUACUGUUGAGGAUGGUGGUGCUGGUCCUGGCUGGGUCACCCGUUUACCAGGACGAGCAGGAGAGGUUUGUAUGCAACACUCUGCAGCCGGGAUGCGCCAACGUCUGCUACGACAUCUUCUCCCCCGUGUCCCACCUGCGGUUCUGGCUGCUCCACAGCGUGUCUGUCCUCCUCCCCUCCGCGGUCUUCAGUGUCUACGUGCUGCACAAAGGAGCCGAGCUGGCGGCGCGUGGACCCCGUGGGCCGGAUGGUGUCCCCGGGGACCACCACGCCCCUGAGCUGACCCCUGGGGCCAGGCGCUGGCUACCGGUGCCUGACUUCUCUUCCGGCUACCUGGUCCACCUCUGCCUGCGGACCCUGACGGAGGCAGCUUUCGGUGCCCUGCAUUACCUCCUCUUUGGAUUCUUGGUCCCGAAGAGAUUCUCAUGCACGCACCCUCCGUGCACCAGCGUGGUGGACUGUUACGUCUCUCGGCCCACGGAGAAGUCCAUCCUGAUGCUCUUCGUCUGGGCAGCCUGCGCACUGUCCUUCCUGCUCAGUGUUGCCGACCUGGUCUGCAGCGCGCGCUGGAAGACCCGCGGGCGACCCGGCCGGGCACCGAGGAGGCCGUGGCCAGUGGCCGGGGACGCAGCGCUGGAGGGACACCGGGACGGGGUAGCCGAGGGGCGAGGGGCGUGCGCUCGCCCGGGGCCGCGGACGGGAGGACAGGGCGCGCACAGCCCCGCAGGGAUGCCCGCCGCGCCGGGGCGCCUGGAGCUGCCGGGGGAGGACGAGAGUGACGCGCUGUCCUCGGCCAGCGACCAGCUGCCGGUGCCCAGACCCAGAGAGGCGGCCGCCGCCGGGGGGGAGGAGCGGCCCGGCCCGCCGCGCGCCCCGCUCCCGGGUCCGUGCAAGUCCGAGUGGGUGUGAGCGCCGGAGUCCCGCCCCGGGAGCGCGGGGCACCGGGACGCAGAGCAUCCACCCUCAGAAGUGGGGGCUGGCGGGACAGACGGACUCCCCCGGAGGCCCUGCUGCGGGGCACUGGAGAUUUAAUUCCAGUGACGCCUUCCGGCGCUCCAGGGCGGGUGGGAGCUGCAGGGAUGCCGGGCGCGCAGCAGGUCCGAGCCUGCGCGCUGCGGUCUCCCUCGCCUGCGGCAGGUGCUUCUUGAAAAGCACGUUCUCUUGCGUUCACAGAGCUCGUUCAUGUUUUAAAAUGUUUUCUGGUGAAUUAUUAUGAGGUUUGAAGCGUUCUGGUUUGUUUUCCUGCUUAGCCAAGAAGGGUGUCUGUUACGCAUCAAUAGGGGCACGUUAGUUUCACUUCUCCCAACGCCUGUAAUAAAAUUAACGCCGAGUGCGCUGUGAUCUCACACUUCCCGCUUCACUGUGUUGUGUAUGGGCGGAACCUCGGACGCAGGAAAUACGGCCGGAAAACACUGGGGGCUUGCUUUUGUGGGCACCUUGGCUUGCUACUGCAUGUGGGUGUGAGGUGCACGGGAUGGG